GAGACAGACAGGCUGAGUUAAGUUGAAUUAAGUGGCACAAAUGCAGAUACGAUUUUUACCCCUGACAGACAGCACCAUUGUGCAUAACAAAUUUUCUUCUUCUACCUGCGCAUUUAGUUAUCAGCUGAUUUGACAAAAACUUUGAGCUCAAAAUGGAAAGGAGAGAAAAAAUACGAUUAGCAGCUAAUUUGUUUGCAAAAAACAUAUUAUUUAAAAAAAAAACUUAACAUUCUUCUCCUAAAAUUAUUCAACAAUAUGAAAAUAAUUAAUUCAUUGGCAAGCAUAGACCUUACCACGAUGUUUGAAGCUGGGAUUGUUACACUUCCUCAUAUAAGAGAAAGGCAGCUGUGGAAAUUGGAUCGCAGCGGCACAUUUUGGGAGCGUGAUGUUCCUUUAAUGGACGAAAAUCGUUUCAAAGAAAAUUUUCGACUCAAUAGAAAUGCUUUUCGGAGAAUUUGUGAAAAAGUUCGAGGCAUCGAAAAGGCGAACACUCAUAUGAGGCCAUGUAUUCCACUUCAUAAAAGAGUGGCUAUCUCACUAUUCGCAUUGGGAUCUGCAGCGGAGUACAGGACUGUUGCAAGUCUUUUCGGAGUAGGACGCAGUACUGUUGGCGAAAUUGUUUUGGAUUUUUGCCAAGCAGUAUGCGAAAAUCUAUCUGAUUGCAUUAAUUCAUAUCCUCCAAACCAACACGAAAUCAGAAAAGUUGUUGAUGGCUUCGCGCAAACUGGGUUUCCUCAAUGCUUUGGAGCUGUGGAUGGCUGCCACAUAGAAGUUCAACCACCAAAAGAUGAUGCAACAGACUAUUACAACUACAAGGGUUGGUAUUCAGUGAUCUUGCUAGCGAGCUGUUACCACCGAUCAAAAUUUACUUACAUAAAUAUUGGAUCUACUGGUAGAAACAACGACUCUUACAUUUUCGAAAAGAGUACAUUGAAAAGAUUCCAUGAAACUGCCGAUAUUUUUACGCAGAAUAGCAAAUUCAUAGGCGGCAUCAAUGUACCCGUUCUACUAAUAGGCGAUUCUGCUUUUCGCCUCUCCCGGUAUAUGAUGAAACCGUUUCCAUAUUCGCCGAAUCAGCCGUCUAUAGAAAAAACCUUUAACUACCAACUAUCUAGGUGUCGUCGUCUAAUCGAAAAUGCAUUCGGUCAACUUAAAGCACGGUUCAGAAAAAUAGGUAGAGGUUUACAAGUCGCCCCAAAAAACAUAAAUACCAUAAUUAGAACGUGCUGCAUUUUGCACAACUUCUUGAAAUUAGAAAACGACGAAGUUUCUAUUGGUUGGAUGCAAGAUUCAAGAGAAGAUAUUAAUGCUAGAAAUCAGCCAAGGCACACUACAAGAGUCGGCGAGAAUGACGUGAAUGCGUCCGCUAUUAGAAAUGCAAUAGCUCGCAGUUUCCGUAAGCAAAAAUAUUACAAGUUUCCUAUAAACAUUAAUCUAUAUCCGGAAACAGCAAUAAAUAAAAGUUUAUUUAUGUACAUUACAUUCAUUCUUUUAUUAAUCCACUUUUUUACUAUUAACUAUCUUUUUCUGUCAAUUUUUUCAUUAACACUACUUACUAACUAUAACAACCUAUUAAUCUAAUAACUAUAAAAUUAAAACAAAAUUCAGUCUAUACAUUUCUGACAUUUGGCUUAUUUUUAAAGAAAUUAAUUUUAACAUUCACUCGUCUUAAUCUUAUAACUAUAAAAUUAAAACAAAAUUCAGUCUAUUCAUUUGAC